AUGAAAGGGUUAGUAGAUGAUUCAAACGAUCGGUUUUUGGGGAAGCUUAGUUCCCGUCUUCCAACAGGUCGAGAAGUGCAGGAUACAAAUGAAAUUAGUCAAAUACAUAUGAAGGCAAAUGCGAAGGAAGGCAAUCGGCGAUUCUUCGUUCCUCUACCGUCAUCGACAUCAAAGAAGAUGAAAGGGAAAGAUCCUCUGAUGCUCAUCUUCGUCGGAUUAAGGAAGAGAAACACAAUGACGAUAUCAGAAGUGUUUUUGGGUGAUGUUGUUCGGAAGGAGGACGAUGGGUCACUCCUCGAUGGUGAAUCAAACGCUUUGAAGAAAUCGAUUUGCAGUUGA